CUGCGGACUGUCGGGAGCGGACAGCUGCGUCAUCACGCUGCACCACAAUCUGUAUUUAAUAUAAAGUGUUCAAACGGUAAAAAGUAGAAAUGAAGUAAUGUUUCUAAUGUGCGAGUUUAACUGCACUUUCCGGCCGGAAAAAGAAACCACGUUGACUCCUGUGUGCUAACAGUGUUUCCCCGCGUGACGCUGACUCUGACGCAUCCUUGGAACCGUCAACCUUGAUGACGUAGUGAUAAGGAAGUAAACAAAACAAAAACCAAACUAGCUUCAGAUCGCAGUUUUUCUGCUCCAAAAUGUCGAUUUCAAACCCGAGACAGACGUUUCGAAACCCGAUGUUUCCAGCUGUUUAGUCUCCUGAAUAUCACUGACUUCCCCCCCACAGAUGAUCCCCUUCGCCGGGACGAUCCUGGGCGGCUUGCUGCCGGGGGAGAUGGUUCUUAUUCAGGGCUCAGUGCCGUCCAAAGCUGACAGGUUCCAGAUAGAUUUCACGUGUGGCAGCAGCGUGAAGCCGAGGGCCGACGUGGCGUUUCACUUCAACCCGAGGUUCCAGAGGUCCCCGUGUAUCGUCUGCAACACGCUGCAGGGGGAGCGCUGGGGCCACGAGGAGAUCCUGUACCAGAUGCCCUUCGCUGCCGGGUCCGCGUUCGAGCUCAUCGUCCUCGUCCUGAAAGACAAGUUCAAGGUGGCGGUGAACGGAGGUCAUCUGUUAGAGUAUAAACACAGACUGGACCUGGAGCGGGUCGACACUCUGUCCAUAUCUGGAAAGGUCAAAGUUGAAGCUGUCGCCAUCCUCGAGAGCUCUAGUUCAGUCUCUCCUGCAGCCAGUCUGACCAGCACGGACUCAGAGAUGAAUCCAUUAAUGUCCUCUUCAGGCGACUUGAGUGUUCCCUUCAGAGGUGAGCUGGUUAAAGGACUGAGUGUCGGACGCAGCAUCACUGUGAAAGGAGAAACCAAUCAGAAGGCACAGAGUUUCUGUGUGAACCUGCGAGUGUCCGGCAGCAGUGACAUCGCUCUUCAUCUGAACCCUCGUCUGAAGAAAGGGGUCUUCGUCAGAAACUCCUUCCUGUCUGAGUGCUGGGGCCCUGAGGAGAAAAAGCUGGCCUCCUUCCCCUUCACUGCAGGGCAGUACUUUGAGAUGAUCAUCCUGUGUGACUCUCAGCAGUUCAGAGUCGCUGUGAACGGAGUCCACCAGCUGGACUACAGACACAGAGUCCAGGACCUGAGCCGCAUCGCCCAGCUCGAGGUGCUGGGAGAUGUCACACUACUGGACGUCAAGAUCCUUUAACAUACUGGAGCCUUGCUGAUUGUGAAAUAUACAUAUUGCAAUAAUCACGUUCUUAUUACCAAGAGCAGCAGUGUCAGACGCUAACGAAGCUGAAGGUCCAACAAACUUUUCAACAAAUAUUUCUGCAUGCUGCGUUUGAAGGAUUUUGAUCAUUAACACGUUUUUAAAUGUUCAGGAUUGAGAAUGUGAUUUAUUUUUAUUAUGUUUUUUAAUCACAUGAACAUCUCAAACUUUAAAGCUAUAAAUCAGAUGUAAAAUGAAGUUAUUAAAACAGAAAAUGUGUUUAGAGUCUGAACCAAGUUACCAUCCAGAAACAAAUCAGACUGAUCUAGUGUUUGUUCCUGUUAAUGCACUUUAUGAACACAUCAUGUGAGUUUUGGGAUGAUCAUUUGUAACCAGAUCUAAUAAACUAAGCAGGUGAAUCAGGUUAACGUCUUCCGUUGAUCUCCAGUGUCGAUACACUGUAUUUGUGUUAAUGCUGGUACAGGAUGAUUAAUCGUUUAAAAAAGUGAAAGAUACCAAUCAUAAUCUCCUUUUAAAAUCUUCAAAUACCUUAUUUUGUCCAAAAUAUUCAGAAAAAAUUCUUCAGGAACUUCAACCAUCAGUUUUUUUGUAAUAUUUGCUUGAAAAAGUACCAACAAUAAUCAAAAAGUUCAUUUUCUUUAAAUCAAUUCAGAACUAGAAUUACUGUUUUUACUAUUCAGAUCAGAUUUUACAUUUAAAAAAAUAAUAUUGAAAUACAUACCUUCGUUCAUAUGUUCAUUAGAGGUGGGCGGUCUACCAGUUUCCUCACUGUCACCAGUGUUACGUUCUUCCAAUACCGUCAAUACUGCGAUACAUGUUUUAGGAUAUUGAAACUAAUACAUACAUUACUUCCAUAGCGCCGGUUCAUAACAGAAGUUCUCUCAUUGCACUUUUCCUACAGAGCAGGUCUAGACCGAACUCUUUAUAAUAUUAAUUACAGAGACCCAAUUACUUUCAAACAAGCAUACAUAUAUAAAUAUAUACAUGCAUGUUGUACUUUGAUAAGUUAAUGCAUAAUUUCAUACACACAUGCAUACUGUUCUUAUAUAAUUAACUUACUUUUAUAUAUGUAUGUAUAUAUGAAUCAGAUGCAUGCAUGUGUGUAUAUAUACAUAUUGUUACAGGCCCACCAGGUUUCUCGGCGCCCCAGCAGCACUCAAUCACACCAGUCAAUUGUCCGGUCUCGUUCAAGACUAGAAGGACUGCUCUCAAUGACCACGUCUACUAACUUCAACGUAAUUCCACUCCACUGUGGUUUCCCCACUGAAAAACCCGCCAUCAUCUAUGGAUCCGUGACCAUAAUGACCGUAUCUAUUCCACAUCCUCAUAACUAUCCAUUAACCUGUGCUGUACCUCUGCUGUUGUCUCAAUAAAUCAACAUCCGUCUCCA